GGGCGGGUGAGUCAGCGGCGGCCGCGGGGCGUCGCGCCCGGGCGCGGCCCCUGUCCCUUCCGCACAUCCGGGUGCCGCGGCGCCGCCCACCGCCGGCCUCCCGGGUGCCGCCGCUGCCGCCCGGGGCCAGCGGGAGCCGCGCCGGGCUUCUCCGAUGCGAAUCGUCGCCCGCUCGCCGGCCGCUGGCGUGCGGCGGGGAGCGGCCGGGCUGCGCGGGCCGUCGCCGCCAUGAUGCCGGCCCUGGCCGCCCAGCGGCGGGGCUGCCGUGGCCUCUAUCGCCUGUACCUGCGGUGCCAGGCGGCGCCGCUCCCCCGCGCUUGCCACGGAUGGCACACUUCAAUGAAAAAUGGGAGUCUGACUUAUAUUCUGCCAUGCAAUCGUCUGCCUGUGCAGUUGAUGAGUCAAGUGAGAGUUUAUACCUCCAGUGGUCAGAAAAAAGAUCUUGGAUCAGAAGAUACAAAUAGAUCCACCUCUGAAGAAAACCUGCGUAAAGUUGGAACAGGACAAGAUACCACCAAUGCAGGCCUAAACCAGUCUUUCCUUAAAGAGCCAAUCCAAGUAAAAGUGAAAGCAGUCCUUAAAAAAAGAGAGUAUGGACCAAAAUACACACAGAAUAACUUCAUCACUGGAGUCAGAGCAAUAAAUGAGUUUUGUCUUAAAUCCAGUGAUCUAGACCAGCUGAGGAAAAUUAGACGACGAAGCCCCCACGAUGACAUUGAGACAUUCACUGUGUACCUGAGAUCAGAUGUAGAGGCAAAAUCUCUUGAAGUGUGGGGUAGUCCAGAGGCUCUUGCUAGAGAAAGAAAACGACGUAAAGAGGCAGAAAUCAAGUACAGAGAAAACCUAUUUAGAAACCAAAGGCUGCUGAGGGAAUACAAGGAGUUCUUUGGAAAUACUAAGCCACGCUCCAGUGCAGCAGCUAUGUUUUUCAAGGGACCAGGGAAGGUGGUGAUGGUAGCUAUUUGCAUAAAUGGGUUGAACUUCUUCUUUAAGCUACUUGCUUGGGUUUACACGGGUUCUGCAAGUAUGUUUUCAGAAGCCAUACAUUCUUUAGCAGACACAUGUAACCAGGCAUUGCUAGCUUUGGGCAUCAGUCAGUCUGCAAGGACGCCAGACCCUAGUCAUCCGUAUGGUUUCACAAACAUGCGCUAUAUUGCCUCCCUAAUUAGUGGGGUGGGCAUUUUCAUGAUGGGUGCAGGACUUUCUUGGUAUCAUGGGAUCAUAGGUUUACUCCACCCUCAUCCUAUAGAAUCUCUUCUCUGGGCAUACUGCAUUUUAGCAGGGUCACUGGUAUCUGAAGGAGCUACCCUUCUUGUUGCUAUAAAUGAAAUUCGCAGGAGUGCUCGAGCCAAGGGUCUGUCAUUUUAUCAAUAUGUUGUGCAGAGUCGUGAUCCUAGUACAAAUGUGGUGUUACUGGAGGAUGCUGCAGCAGUUUUGAGUGUGGCUGUAGCUGCUACCUGUAUGGGUCUGACUUCUUUAACAGGAAAUCCUUAUUAUGACAGUGUGGGGUCUCUAGGUGUUGGAACUCUGUUAGGAACUGUGUCAGCAUUUCUAAUCUAUACUAACACUGAAGCCCUGCUGGGACGAUCCAUUCAACCUGAACAACUGCAGCGACUCACCGAGUUACUGGAAAGUGAUCCUGUAGUAAGAGCAAUUCAUGAUGUUAAAGCUACAGACAUGGGAAUGAGCAAAGUGAGAUUCAAGGCAGAAGUAGACUUUGAUGGACGGGUUGUUACUCGUUCUUACCUGGAAAAACAAGACAUUGAACAGCUGCUACAAGAAAUUCAACAAGUGAAAACCCUUGAAGAAUUAGAAGCCUUCAUGCUUAAGCAUGGCGAGAAUAUCAUUGACACACUGGGAGCUGAAGUAGACAGACUUGAGAAGGACCUGAAGCAACGAAAUCCUGAUGUUCGUCAUGUGGAUUUGGAGAUAUUAUAGACUUGGCAGAAGAAAUCUUCAGGUUGCUACCAUUUUGGAAAGAAGUCAUGUAAAGGGCUGAAAAGUUUCUGAAAUUGCAGUGACCUCAGCAUCAUACCUCGCUUACUUUUGCUGUAGGCUUCCUGGACUGUUAGCACUGCUUCUGUUUCUGGAAAAGCACUAGACUUGCAGACAAAGAUUUCCAUGGCAAAAUCAGUUUUAAAAAACUACUUGACUUAAAUUCCACAGGAGAGUCUGUCAGGGUAUAUUUACUGCAAUUCAGAACUUAAGACUUGAGGGUUAGUUAGGCAGAUAUAGCUGCCUGAAAAUAUACAACACAGUUUUUCCAUUUGUGUCCCUUUGCAGUCAGUUUGCACUUCUUUAGUUUCUUUCAAGAUAUCAUUAAAGGUUCUUGAGAGAUAUUAAGAUUAGCUAGGAAGAGUUUGUUCCAGUGGAACCUGCCAACCUUAAACUAAUUGUAGUAUUUCAACUGUGUGAUUCUUUCACAGUUUUUCUUUUCUAUGAGAUAAUUUCUUUCAAACAGGCACUGGCCUUCUCUCCAAGUACGAUGACCUGGAAACCUGCUUUUUGCCACUGUUGUGAUUACCAACCACACUUCAGAAAAAUAAGGUUUUUCUCCUCAGUGGAGUUAGCUGGAUGUGGUUAGCCAGAGUAUGUUAAGUUACUGUGAAGAAAUUACCCUGUAGAGAUUUCAGUGAACUUCCUCUUGUUUAAAUUUUGUUCUUUUUUUCCCUACUUUGAUGCUUGUUCUCUUAUUUGUAAGUAUCUGCAGAUGUAAUCUGGGAGAUAUUUAUGGUAGUGCUUAUUAAAAGUUAACUGGCAUUUUUGGCUUUUUAUACUUUUAAUAGGCUGUGUUGCCACUUACAGUCUUUGCUAGAAGGCGUAAGAGAUGUAGUUGGAAGUUAGAAUAGUAAAAUUAUUAGAACUAUUUAUAAUUAAACAAAUGAAUACAUUGUAUUCUUAAUUUAUUUACAUCUAGACAUGAUCUGUUAUUUGAAUUCUAAACUGCUUAUUUUGUGCUCUUUAAGAAUUGGCCUUGCUUGUUUGGGAAAGUAAAGUAGUUCUGUCAGUGGUCCUCAACAAUCCCGAGAUAAGUUUGUAAGAGUUUAUGACUUUGAAAUGUGCAAUUCUAGUGCUGUAUAUAAUCAGCCUCAAGGCUUUCUGAAAUAGGCACCCAAGUUAUACCAGAUUCUUUGAGACCCAGCCUUUAUUAAAUAGGCCAUGAGUACUGGUCAUGGAAGUUGAAAUAUAAGUGAAAUAACUGCAUAUAAAUAACUGAGGAAAAUCCUUUAUGCACUUUAACGUAUGUCAGUAAAAUGAGAAUUGCUCAUGGGUGAGAGGUAGUAAUAAGACAGUCUUAGUGACUCAGUUGCUGAGUAAAUGACUGACUUGCUGAAAGAAGAAGUGUUGAUAGGAAACAGCAGUCUUCAAAAAUCAGUUUAAGAUUAAAUUGUAGGUACUGCAGCAAAUGGUAAUUGUGGAGACCAAUAUGUCCAGUUUGACUAAAAGCUUUUUAGAGUUUUUAUACUAAGUGUCACUCACCAGUGAAUGAUGAGAAUUUAAAAUAGCCUGCCUUUUGACAACUGCAAAGCACUUCACAUGCUGGUCAUUUUAAGUAGAAAAACAUUCCAGAGUUUAGUUACAGAUGGGACUUCACAUACAGUAGUUGUGGGUGAAGGGGUCUUUUUAGUACCAUUGUCCGUAAGCCCUAUUCACUGGUGGCUUCUUUAUAGCAUAUGAGGUUAUUAUGGCUAAUCCAAAAGAAAGCUUACUUUUAUCUGGUUUUCUCCUAUUGUAGAACUAGGUAGUAUAUUUAAGCCUGAUGAUUUGAAAUGCAGUUUAAAAGUAAUUUGGAAGUAGACUGUAUCAAAUAAAUAAGGCAUAUUUUAGCACAUUAUAAAGCAUUUACCUUUCUCCUCACCCUUCCAUGUAAACCUCAUCUCAAAGUAUGCGCUCUGCUGAUCUUAGUCUUAUUCAUGAAGAGCACUGGAAUCUGAUAAUGCAUAAUCUUUUUCCUUCUUCCUAGAAUAUUUAUAUGGAAUUUGAAUUUGAAUAAACACUUUAAUAAACUUGUUAUUCCACAACUCUUAAAAACCAGAAGAGAAGUAAAACUGAGAAAGUGUUCUACUCGGGAGGUUAGUGGAGACAGCCAGUGUGAUCCUAAGUGGUUUGUAUGCUGGAGUUAUUAACGAGUGAGUAGUGUAGGUAUGCACUUUGCAGUUGUAUAUUUGAGGUCAGUAAAUGUUACAUCAAUACUAAAGUGUUCCCAUACCUUGUUUAAGAGGAGGUGUGAGUUUAUGUUCUUAUAGGGCAUUUGCUCCAAAAGUCUACUAAAAUGUUUUUCUCGUUCAUCAGAGAUUAAUUCGAAUGGAAUCUGAUUUCCUUAUGAGUCAGACGCAUACCCAUCCGCACAUCUUUCGUAUUGCAAGAUAAAAUUCAGAUCCUUGUCUCCCAGUUACCUUACUGAUGAUAGCAUCACAGUAUGUUAAAUUUAAGGAACUGGAAGUUGGAUGUUUUUGGGUGCACAACAGUUGCGUAGUUUGAGGACCCAGUUCCAUUUUUAAAAACAACCAGGAUGGUGAUGUACCACAAAAAGGCAGGCAGACUGGUUUUGGCAGUACCUUGUAAGUUUACAUGUCUUGCAGAUGUAUGAAAAUAUCAAUUCAUUGAGCCUGACAGAUUGGAAAGGAAAAGUAAUUCCAAGCUGUUACAUUUUAAUAUACGUUACAAUUUGCAGAUUGUUUUAACCAUUUUGACAUUUUUACUGCGCUUUUUUCUUAACUGUCUUUAUGGUCUAAAACUUGAGGUGACGUGGGUCCACUACUUAGUUUACUUUUGUUUUAAGUGUUUUUGGGGAAAAUACUUAGCUGAUAGAGUGAUAUAUGAUAGAAUCCUCAGAAUUAAAGAGAACUUACGAAGUGUGGAUGAGUGGAUUUUUUUUAUCACAAAUGCAAUUACAUAAUAAUUUUCUUUUAGAUUGACUUGAAAGAAAAGGAGUAAGGAUUUAGCACUCGCUAAAAUAAAGUUAACAAAGUUAUAGUCUAGGAUUUUGUUCAAGAUGUGGUCUUUUAAAAUUUAUUUUUGUAUACUGACCUUGCAGGUUCUAUUUUUUCAAAUUGUGUUCAAAGUACUACGGCCCUCGGCUUUGUGAAAGAUUGCUUAUGUGUUGCGCAGUGUCUCAUAAUUCUGUAAAAUUUGUGUGUUUGAAAAAAUAUCUUCAUGUUCCAAUAUACUGAGUGAUUUUAAUGUAUUUUAAGUCAAAGCUGGCUGGACAUUAAUAAUAUGUGCUUUCCUGUAGAAUUCAUUUUUCUAUAAAAGAUAAAAUUCUGAGGUGAUUAUCUUUCCCCCAUGAAUCAAUUUCAAGUCUAAAUUAUUUCUUUUAUACGCUGGAGUUCAGUAUUUGAUGUGGUCCCCCUCUAUCCCUCCACUUCCUAAAGCAGUUGUUAAGUAUUUACCACUAAAAUAUGCUUCAAUGGGCGACUAUUACAGAGACUGCUGUGUUUUCUGCCCUAGAAGUAGCAGGGAUUUGGGCAACGGGAGAAUAUAUGUUUUAAGGACAAGUUGCAUUCUUCAUCUUCUGUGACUCAUUCUCAGACUGAAGGUUUUUUAGCCUCUGCUUUUCUCCUUCCUUCAAUUCCCACACAGAUUUUAUUAUUUUUUUCUGCUUUUAGAGGAGGAAGCUGUUACGAGUGUCUUAAGUUUUAAAUAGCAGGGCUAGAUGCUACUUUUGGUCUCUGGAAUUCGUACUGUGCUUGUUCAUUGAGUUGACAACAGUGAUUGCUGUUUUGAAAACUACAAAUUGCGUUAGCCAAAACUACCAGAGCUCUCUGAUUCUGGCAGGUGCAGUUUUUUUAGCUAUAUCCGGAGAGUCAGUUUUUAUUGAGGGAUUUUUACUGGCUCCAUUUUGAUAAGGGGGAGUACGGGGAAGAGUUUUAAGUAUGUUUUUUUUGUCUAGUAGUACACUGAUUGCAGUUCUGUGUUCUCCUUAUUUGUUAUAGUUUUAGCUGUUUUAUCUUUUUUCUGUAACAAACUAAAAAGUAUGCGUUAUGGGAGGUACCUCUACUAAGGAUGAGUGCAUCAAAUACACGCUUCCUGCAAAGGGUUUUUAGGCUUUUGUGUAUUGAAAGUGUGGCAAUUUUUGAAAAUUUCAGUCAAGUAAUCCUUGUUCUAAAGUUGACCUAGAUGUGUUUCUUACAAAAGCAUCCACAGAAGCAUAUUGUUCAAGAUCUGAAAUACAAGUAUUUCAUUUUAUAGUCAUAUGUACUUUUAAGGCAUUUUGGCUUGGUAGAAUAGAACAAUUGAUUAAUAUUGACUCCUGCACAAAAAUUGAACUUCUGUGCAUGCCUAAAGGCUUACAUUGUAGAAAUGAACAUAAAAUAACAAUUUGGUUUCUUUUUUUCCCUUCUAGCUUAAGUAUUGUGCUGCUUCUAUUCUUGCUGUCAGCUCUGAACAGAGUACAACUAACCUCUCAUGCAGUUUACUUAAUGUAAAUGAGAAGUUGAGGUGUAUCAAAAAGAUACUUUUGUGGAGGGGUUACGAGGGUUAAAUAAUUAAUUUUUCCUUUCUUGUUAGUGAGAAGCAAAUAUUUCAGAUCAAAAGUAGACUAUAUCUUUAUUACAAACGGAAAGAUAUAGGAAUCCAGACUUCUAAAGGACAUGCACUUCAGAAAUCUUUGCUUUGAGGAAAAUAAAAUGUGCCAGGAACUCUUUUAAGUGGUUGUAUGGACUACAGAAACAGCACUCAAUCAGGCUUUGCUGAAGCAAAAGAAAGGAAACAGUAACAAAGUGUGUGGUAAAAAGAAAAAGAAUACAAGGAAGGGAAAAAACUAAGGUGUUGAGCGCUUGGGAAUAGGAACAGAUGAACACAAACUGAAAAAUUGGCCAGAAAUAAGAAAUUAUGAUUGGAGAGAAGGACGGUAAAAUAAUACUUCAUUAGAAUGCAUAAAACUAUGUAGUAUGACAUUCUAGCAAUAUUCAGAUAGGUGGGUGAUUCCUCCCUCCCACCCCUAGCAAAAAAUAAUCUCCUGCCCCCCCCCCCCCCCCAAUGAAAAUAAGUGCCUCAGUUUAACUGUUUCUUAAUAAGGUAUUGAGUCUCACAGGUAUAAUUCUAUUUGCCCUCUGAAAACAGUCUUAUUGCUAAGGGCAAUGGUAUAAUCUCAGUCUGGAGUUCUGUUGGUGAGGUAUGUAUUUGGUGAGUGGAGGGUGAGUAAUUGUGAUUGUGGGAAUGGGAGCUGGACUAAAUUCAAGAGAAAACGAAUAGUUUCUUUCAGCCAGAAAAUGAUUGAAACACCAUACUGAAGAUGCUACAGAAAAGGAAAAAAAAGGUGCAGUUUCUAAGUUCCACCGAAUUCUUGCAGUGGACUGUAAUCAUUGGUGAAUAUGUUACUAUUUUUCAAGUUGCAUAUUUUUCUGUGGAUAACGGAGACUUACAGUUAAAUCAUCACAUUCUGAAAAGGAGUUAAAACAUUCAAAAUGUAAUGUGAAAAGGAUGUGUGUUUUUAAAAUACCACAGACAUACUGCAACGGAUUAUAGCAGGUAGGCAGAAAACUGUUGUUCUAUCCUAUAUCACAUGAGGCUUUUGAGGACAAUUUCUUUUUUUCUAUGUAAACCAAAGCCACCAAUUACAAUAAAAGGUCUUGGUUACUUUCUGUAGUGUUACACUAACAGUAAGCCUGGUCAAAUUUUUGUAUUGCCAGCAUUUGUAGUGCUGUUACAGAGAGGAGGUGUCUGUUAAAAUAGUGGAGUACAGUUCCACACUCUAGGAUAUGUUUGAUUUCUGUAUUUAGACUGUAUUUAAAAAUUUUGAGGUUGUGAUCCGCUGCUUCAAAUCUGAAGACAGAAGAAAAAAUAUGCAAUGUUGUAUAAAUGAUGUACUAUAAAGGUUUUUUUGUAAGUUUAUCUUCAAAUUAAAGAUGCUGAAGAGCUAUGUGAGAAGAAACAUUUGGAAAGCAUUUUGGCUAUUGCCAAAAUUGUAUUAAAUCUGAAAGUCAGUGGUGAGGACUGUCACUAGGGUAGAACUUUCAAAGAGCAAUCGCAAAGCUGAAACAUGUUUUUCCACGCAGCCUUUUAAUUGAGUGUGUUCCCCCAGCCGUGCUUUUUGGUGUACAGGCUUUUUCAUUCUGUGUCUUGGGUUACUUCAUAUUAGUUUGGGGAAGUAAUUUUGAUUGGUGAGGUGUAGGCAUCUAGAUAUUUCUCUGCAUAUGUUCCUUCUUUUGUAAUACUUGAAUUCGGUACAUCCUGUAAAAUGUCUGGAAGUUGUAAUUACCCAGUAAAAAUGUUACAUAGCUGGUAAA